AUGUCAUCGUUCCGUCCUCAUGGGCCCUUCGGUCCGCUCGUCCCGGCAGUCACAUCCAGCGAGUGGUUGAAGAGGAAACCUUUGGGGUAUAAGGAUCCUGCUGAGAAGGAUUCUUCCGGGAAAGAUGCAGAGCUGUGUGCUGAUGAAUCGGAGUUGCCUGAGUGGGCUAAGGUGUCCAAGGAGGAGUACUUCAGAUAUGAGAACAUGUUCUGUGGAUAUUGUGGUUCCUUCUACGACCAAAGGCAGAGAGGACAGUACUCGGUCUGCUCUAGAUGUGGGGCUAAGCGGGACAGAUUCGCCACUGGACCUCUGAUGGAGUCCCAUGCCGUGUUGGACUAUGGCGAGAUGAAGGUGUGGAUGAAGAACAUCAUUGACGAGGAGGAAGGGAAGGAGAAGAAGGACGACAAGAAAAUGGCUUUAGUGGAUGAGGAAUGCCCCAAGUGCAAGAACCCACGGAUGGCGUUCUGGACUCAACAGCUACGAAGUGCUGAUGAAGGCCAAACCGUCUUUUACGAGUGCCAGAAGUUCGGGAUAGUGAGCCAGUGGCGGGGGUUGAGUAACGCUACUGCAGUCGAGAGGCUGAGGAUGAUACGGAACAUGGGGGUUUUCGCCCAUGUGGAUGCUGGCAAGACUAGUAUUACGGAGAGGAUGCUAUUACAUGCAGGGGAGAUAGGCCGGCCAGGGAGCGUCGAUCAGGGCACGGCUCAGAUGGACUACCUUCGUCAGGAGGUUGAGAGGGGCAUAUCAAUAAGGGCCGCGGCGACGACGUUCAAGUGGGCAGACUACACCGUCAAUUUGGUAGACACCCCUGGUCAUGUGGAGUUUGGCGCGGAGGUCCAGAGGGCUGUUAGGGUCCUCGAUGGUGCUGUAGUAGUACUAGAUGGUAUGGCGGGGGUGCAGGCCCAGACUCGUACAAUAUGGCGACAGACUGAGCAUCUACCGAGGCUUAUCUUUGUCAAUAAGUUGGACAUUGAAGGAGCUUCUUGGGCGACAGUCAUGCGGAGCCUCGAGACAGCCCUACCACAGUCCAUGAGCAAACCUAUAAGGAUCCAGUAUCCACUACUACACCCUUCAGGGGGCAUUCGGGGUACUGUGGAUCUGCUCACUCGGCAGGGGUAUGAGUACCAUGGGGAAUAUGGUGAGGUGCUGAGAGAGGUGGCAGUCGAGGCCGGGGAGGACUUGGAUGGCGUGGAAGAGGCCCGGACUGACCUUAUAGAGACUUUGGCCAUUCUGGAUGAGAAGUUUGCCGACAGCUACUUUGAUGAGAAGGAGGUGUCGCCUGCAUUGAUGAGUGCAGCCAUACGCAGGCAGUCCAUCGUGCGGUGUAUAGUUCCUGUCCUCUUCGGCUCAGCUAUGACCAACAUAGGCAUUCAGCAUCUGAUGAACUCCAUACCGCUGUAUCUGAGUAACCCCAUAGAGGCUGCUCGCGAUCACCAGCACUACCUGCCCGACCCUCUGUUGGGGAGUACUAUGAUAGAGGCCUUCAAGGUGAUCCCCCCUUCAUUGGACCCAGAGGAGGAGAAGCGUGGCAACGUGGUCUAUUGUCGGUACGCAUCACCAAGGGUCCUUUCUGGGGCUGUGGUAGCUGGUACGAAGUUGCGCAAUAGGACGAGGGAAGGAGGAGAGGAGUACGAGGCAUGCACUGGAGUCUACAGAGUGAAGGCCUCCGAGUUGCACCCGAGGGAGAUUCGGGUGGGCCCUUCAGCUGGGGACAUCGGGGUGGUCACGGGCCUAGAGAACAUCCGUAGUGGGGAUAUCCUAACCGGUGUGGAGGGGGAAGAGGAUACGAGUGAGGCCAUCAUUGCUCUGAGGAAGGAGGAUGCUAGAGCCAGCGAGUUACCAGGGGUAUGCUUCGCCACGUUUACGAGUGAUACCAGGGACAAUGAUGAGAGGCUCAAGACGGCACUACAGAGUAUGAUGCUGGAGGACCCGAGUCUUGACUUCAAAGUGGACCCUAACACGGGACAGUUCCUUGUAUGGGGCAUGGGCGACUUCCAUUUGGAUCUUCUGCGUGACCGUAUAGAGACUGAAUACCACAUACCCGCAAGGAUGGGGGACUUGCGAAUAACGUACAGGGAGUACCUUUCGGAGGCCUUCGCCCUCACCAGCUCCUCCCCUGCUGCCCACGAUCUCGACCUGACUAUGAAGUUUAUGAUGUCGAUCGGGCCGACCAGGGAUCUUCCAGUAUUACAGGACGGCGAGGAGGCGGGGGAGAAGGCCUACGUCAAUGAGGUACUCAUAGUGGACGGGGUAGAUGCAGAGACUGCCUUGCCGGAAGGGCUGAAGGAGGAGUUGAGGGAACUACUGUCUGACGCUCUCACCAUUGGCCCUAUGAAGAAGUCCAAGAUGGCCGCCACUCAAGUGAGGGACUUCUGCCUCUCCUUGUAUGGCGACGAUCGUUGGUAUCAGGUGACGCUGUCUGACGUGGUGUGGUGUCCCGAAAGUGGCGAUGCUGCAGUACUGAAGGAUGAGGUCAUCAGGAUGUUCAACUACCUUAUGAAAAUGGUGCGUCUAAAGCCUUCAGCAUUCUCUGGUUGUUUACUGUCUCUCUACUCCACAGGCCAAAAAGGAGAAGUCGGUGAAGGUACUGGAGCCGGUAGUUCAAGUGACGGUCAGUGGACCGGAGGCAGCGCGGGGGACAGUAGGGAGGGGGAGGUGAUCCUGGAUGGCGGGGUCGAUAGCGCACUUGUGCUCAGCUGA